CAAUUUGUGCCAAUAAAUAGAAGGGAACACAUUGCUCAUAUGCACCCUACUAUUCUCUCUUACAUGAAAAUAUGAAGCAUUUCCGUUUCUUAAUUCUUCUUCUUUCCCUCUUUCAAAUCAUUUCAAGUUAUGGCAUGAAAAUGGUGGGAGGCAUUGACUUCAGCACUGACAGAGAAGCCCUUCUAGCUUUCAAAUCCUUAGUUUUUGAUCCUCAGAAUGCUCUCUCUGGAUGGAACAUAAAUUCAUCUCAUUGUACUUGGUUUGGUGUGAACUGCACCAGCAAUGGAACCCAAGUCCAAUCACUAAGCCUUACAAGUCUUGGGCUCUUUGGCAAUAUUCCUCCUCGGCUCUCCAAUCUCACUUCCCUUAAGACUCUAAACCUUUCCAACAACUUUUUUUUUGGCCAAAUUCCUUCUGAGCUAGGCCGUCUUACUAGCCUUCAGAGUAUAAUUCUCGCAACAAACAACAUCAAUGGCACCAUUCCUAUUAGUCUAUCUGAUUGCCUUAUGCUUGAACAGAUGAGUUUUGGGAACAACAAACUUACCGGUCUCCUUCCUAGUGAACUAGGCCAACUUCCUAGACUGAAAAUUCUUGAUGUAUCCAUGAACAAUCUUACUGGUGCAAUUCCCUCUACUUUUGGCAAUCUCUCCACUAUGACCAAUCUCAGCAUAGCAAGAACCAACAUAUCUGGCAAAAUUCCAAAUGAAUUGGGUCGUCUCCAUAAUCUUGUCAUGCUACAACUAUCGGAGAAUCAAUUAAGUGGUGAGAUACCCUUUUCUAUUUUCAACAUAUCCUCCUUGAAGUUCUUAUCUCUCACAGAAAACAGGCUUGUUGGAAAGCUGCCAUCCAAUAUAGGUCUUACCCUUCCCAACAUAAGGGAACUCCACCUGGGGGGCAAUAGUUUGGAAGGGCCAAUACCAAGUUCUUUAUCCAAUGCUUCACAUAUUGAAAUCCUUGAUCUCCCUUCAAAUAAUUUCACUGGGCCUAUUCCUUUACUUGGUAACUUGAAAAAUCUUGCCAAAUUAAUUCUUGGCCUAAACAAAUUAUCUUCUACAACAGAGCAGAAUUUUCAAGUAUUUGGUUCCCUUACAAAAUGUACCAAGUUAGAGUACAUCUUUCUCAAUUCCAACCAAUUAGCUGGUGAGCUUCCCAGUUCGGUUGCAAAUCUCUCAUUCAAUCUCCAACAAUUUUGUAUUGAUGAUAAUUUGUUGACCGGUAGCUUCCCUCAAGGAUUUGAGAGGUACCAAAACCUUUUAGCCUUAUCAAUUCAACAAAAUUCUUUCAGAGGCCAAAUACCAAAGUCCAUUGGAAAGCUUCAGAAACUAGAAAAACUUCACGUACAUGAAAACCUCUUCUCCGGAGAAAUUCCAGACAUCUUUAGCAAUCUCACACGACUAUUUGAGCUCUAUAUGGGAAAUAACCAGUUAUCUGGUAGAAUUCCCAUGAGUAUAGCUACAUGCCAGCUGUUAGAGAAACUUGUUCUAGCUGGGACAGCGGUCAAUGGAAGCAUUCCAAAGCAAAUUUUUGAGCUUCCCCAGCUAAAAUUUUUGAUAUUGGCGAAUAACACUGAUGAGGAUAAAAUUAUGCUGGCCAGCGUGACGAAGUACCUUGAUGAAGUAAGAGCAAGAGUAGGCGACCUAGAAGCCAAAAUCAUCCAGAUUCCCAGAGAGGAAAACGAGCGAGCAGACCGUCUCGCCAAGGCCGCCUCAGCAGAACGGAUGGUCGUCCCUGCACCAUCAAACACUUUAAGCGGUUCUCUGCCCUACGAAUUUGGCCAUUUGAGACAGUGUGAAAUCAUGGACAUUUCUGGCAACCAGCUAUCCGGAUAUAUUCCUGCAAUAACUGAGAGAUACUUAAGUUUGCGCAGGCUCAACAUUGCAAGAAAUAAGAUAACUGGCUCAUUACCAAAGUCGCUGGAAUAUCUAGCGGCACUGGAGAGCUUGGAUCUUUCUUCCAACAAUCUCUCAGGCCUAAUCCCCAAAGAGUUACAGAACCUUCAUGUUUUGGAGAUGUUAAAUUUGUCUUUCAACAACUUUGAAGGAGAUGUACCGAAAAAUGGUGUCUUUGCAAAAAUCAGCUGGGAUUCUCUCCAGGGAAACUCCAGGCUCUGUGCAUUUGACCAUGAUGCUGCCGAAAAGCUAAGAGUCAAUACUUGUAUCACAAAAAAGAAGUCAAAUUCUCAUUUAGUACUCAAAGUCACUAUUCCAAUUUCUGCUAUCAUUGUGCUUGUCAGUGCAUUGUGUUUAGUGUGGGCACUAAUCACCAAAAAAAAGAGCAAGAUAAGAAACAAUGGAACUUCUUCAUCUGUAGUCAGGGGUUUAACCCCAAGGCUAUCUUACUCAGAAAUCCAUCUUGGUACAAAUGGUUUUGCCACAGAAAAUUUGUUAGGGAAGGGAGCAUUUGGGUCUGUUUAUAAAGCUGUUUUCAGUACUGGUGAGAAUGGAACCCAGACCACAGUUGCAGUGAAGGUUCUAGACUUGACACAAAGUAAAGCUUCCAAGAGUUUUGAUGCAGAAUGUGAAGCUCUAAGAAACAUCCGCCAUCGGAACCUUGUUAAGGUGUUCACUUCUUGCUCUAGCAUUGAUCACACAGGAGCUGCAUUCAAGGCUUUGGCUAUGGAAUUCAUGUCUAACGGUAACUUGGAUAAGUGGUUGUAUCCAGAGGAUGUUGAAUGUGGAUCGACUCUGACAUUAACCCAGAGACUGAAUAUUUCCAUUGAUGUAGCUACUGCCUUAGAUUACCUACAUUAUGACUGUGAUCCAGCAGUAGCGCAUUGUGAUUUGAAACCCGGAAAUGUGCUUUUGGACGAAGAUAUGACUGCUCAUGUUGGAGAUUUUGGGUUGGCAAGGUUUCUCUCCCAUGAUUCAUCACAGAAUGAAAGCAGCACAAUUGGUCUAAAAGGCUCAAUUGGUUACAUUGCUCCAGAGUAUGGCUUGGCCGGAAAGGCUUCAACCAGUGGGGAUGUCUAUAGCUUUGGAAUACUGCUGCUUGAGAUGAUCAUUGCCAAGAAGCCCACAGAUAGGAUGUUCCAGGAAGGUUUAAGCCUAAACAAGUUCAUCUCUGAAGUGCACGAGAGUAAAAUCUUGGAUAUUGCUGAUCCAAGGCUUUUCAAGGAUUAUGAAUCUGUAACACGAAGCAGCAGUACUGGUUGUUCUAUUGGUGGAGAUAGCAGCAGCAACAACAACAACAACAUUGCUUUAAGAAGUGAGAAGUGUGUGGCUGCAAUGGUGGGAGUUGGAUUAUCUUGUGUUGCUCAUUCAUCAAAAGAACGUUUUACUAUGAGAGAAGCCUUAUCCAAGUUGCAAGAGAUUAAAAGGAGUUUUAUUGGAUCCUGAAGAAUUUCCUUAACACUUUUGUGCGGAGUUUAAGUUUAUUGCUCAAGCUAUUUAAGCUUAUAUAUUUCUUAUGACUAGUUAAGUUUAUUGCUCAAGCUAUUUAAGUUUGAUGGCCAAUUAAUGCGAUCAUAUGUCAAAUUGCAUUUUCUUUGUCAAACCCCAAAUUGAGGCAGUUCAGAAA